CCUAUGAGGUAUACAAUCAAAGAUUAUAGUAGACCUUUGGAAUUGACAUAAUCGGAAUUUUUGAUCAGAUACAUAUCGAGUAUUGAUAGCUCGAGCCGUCGCCUCAUUCAUCUUGAGUCGGAACAAUUGCUAGGAGCAAUUGGGAAGUACAAUUCAGAUCCUAACAAAGUUGACAAUCUGCGGAAAAAUGAUUGCUAACACGGGGAAACUCGCUGGGCGUACAAUUUUUAUUACGGGAGCAUCGCGAGGAAUUGGAAAACAAAUUGCUCUAAAGGCAGCUCGAGAUGGUGCCAAUAUUGUUAUUGCGGCAAAAACUGCUGAUCCUCAUCCGAAAUUACCUGGAACUAUUUAUAGUGCUGCCAAAGAAAUCGAAGCUGCAGGUGGCGCAGCAUUGCCGUGUGUAGUAGAUGUCAGGGAUGAAGCGCAGGUCAUUUCGGCAGUAGAGAAUGCGGUAAAAAAGUUUGGUGGAAUAGACGCUCUCAUUAAUAAUGCCAGUGCUAUUUCUCUGACGAGGACCAUGGACACAGAUAUGAAGCGAUAUGAUUUAAUGCACAACAUCAAUACAAGAGGAACAUUCCUUGUAUCUAAAAUAUGUCUUCCAUAUUUAUUGAAGAGCCCAAAUCCGCAUAUUGUCAAUAUAAGCCCUCCUCUUAACAUGGUGCCUCAUUGGUUUGCUCCUCAUGUUGCUUACACCAUGGCCAAGUACGGUAUGUCGAUGUGCGUUCUUGGUAUGGCGGAGGAAUUCAAAGAAAAUGGAGUUGCAGUAAACGCAGUAUGGCCAAGGACAGCAAUACAUACCGCAGCUAUUGAAAUGUUAACUGGCCCGGAUUCCAGCAAUCACAGUCGAAAACCGGAAAUUGUUGCCGACACUGUCUACAGUUUACUCUGCAGAGAUUCACGGUCUGUAACGGGACAAUUCUUUGUAGAUGAAGAAUAUCUUAGAAAUGAAGGUGUCACAGACUUCACACAAUAUGCGUGUAACCCAGAAUACAAGGAUAAGCUGAUGCCAGAUUUCUUCUUAGAUAGCGAUCCAGACACAAUCUUGGGAACUUUUGCAAAAGGAGGCGCAGCUAAAGCAUCGAAAGACCAAGCUGCCGGUAAAGAUUCCAAGGCGACUGACUCAAGCGGCGGCGAAGUGCGGGAGAUAUUCACAGCUAUACAAGCUAACCUCAGCAGUGAACUAGUAAACAAGACUGGUGCAAUUUUUCAAUUCAACGUGAAAGGAGACGAAGCUAGCACAUGGUUCAUAGACCUGAAAAAUGGUAACGGCGCAGCCGGCAAAGGUGAGCCUGGGCAACCAGCUGACGCUACGCUAACUAUGGAUUCAAAAAACUUUUUUGCAAUGUUUAGCGGUAAACUAAAACCGGCAACAGCUUUUAUGACCGGCAAGUUGAAGAUUACUGGUAAUCUUCAGAAAGCGAUGAAAUUGGAAACCUUGAUGAGUAGAUUGAAAUCAAAGCUUUGAACGAAAGAAAAUCUUAAUUGAUUUUUAUCAUUAUAGAAGAGGUGGACCAUCUGAAUUUUUUUUCAACAAAUCAUAUGUAAUUUGUGAGAAUAUCUCACAAUUUAUAUCCAAAUAAAGCCUAGUAAUGAGAGGAUAACUCAUGAAUCGUACCAACAGAAAUGAAUUCGAAAAUAAAAAAUA